AUGGCUCCGCCACCACGUAAACGUAUACGAGCACGAGCACCAGAGCUAGAUACCACCGAUCUGGUCCAUCAGAAUUCACUUACACUCAUUGGACGGCUCACCAACCCGCAAGAACAAAGAAUGUGGACAAUGAUUCCUUACAUCUCUAGCCGCUGGGAACUCCAAGGAAGAGCUGUGGGAUCUGACCUUGGCCUCCCCCUGCACUACUGGAAGAAAGAACUACUCAGCAACAUCGGCAAAGAAAUAGGAGACUACAAGGAACAACUACUCACUAACCUAACUGCAAAGAUCAAAGUCGAAAUCAACGGUCUACAACCCCUCGUCAAAGAUGUAAUAACAGAGUUUGAAGGAGGCCAAGAAGCUCUAGUUACGUUUGAGUAUGAAAACCUAGGCAAGCAUUGUUCCUACUGCUACAGUCUAAGCGAUGAGGUGGAAACAUGCCUGGAAAAACCGUCAACGAGAUUGCAAAAAGAGGGUCCUGCUAGAUCUACAGAGAGAGAUAGACACCUCACCUCUAAAGCUGGUAAGCUAGCAGAGCAGCGCCCUUUCAACUUGCGUCGAGAUCGACACGGGAGACCUUUUGGUGUUAGACCUUCUUCAAAGAGGAUGGAGAAUGUACGACCCACUGAACCCGACCACCCCAGGAAUCUCACCGUGGAGCCACUACAAACAAGACGCCAACAACCACCAAAUAUCUCACCUCCCUACAAGAGAAACCGCCUAGACCCCUCCACCCACCAAAGCCGACAUGACCAAGAACCUGCUAGAACUGAUCCAGGUCUAGGUCACCCAGAAGCCUCAAGGAGACCCAAACUACUGAACACACCAACACGCCAAAUCUGGAGAGAGAAACCACCAAGCUUAGUAGACCAAACUGACGACAUCUCCACUACUCUACUACCUAUACAGAUUACCGGACGAAACCUGGAAAUAGAAGCUUUCACACCACCCGAACGCAUACGCUCUGAAGCCGACAUUAUGUCUUCUCUCCAGGAAGUCACAGUGCAGUACACUAAUGUUGAUGACCCAAUAGAGAGAGCAGCCCGAACGCAGCGAGUCCUUGAAGGUGAAGCUCGGGGCCUUAUGACAGAUAGUGCAAGAUCCAUUUUCAAUGCUCAAACGUCUCAACAACACAACGUUAUUCCGAGCUCGGGAGAGAAAUUUCUCAUCAUUCUGCUGGAAGGGGGAGAUGAAAGAACAGAUAACCAGCUUCCCACACACACUCAGGAGAAACCACGGAGACCAAGGGGACGACCACCUACAAAGAAACCAAACCAGAACAUCAAUGCUACAGAGGCAGGACCAAGCAAAAGAAAAGGGAAACAGAGUAGAAUCUCACCGUUCUUACGAAUAUCCCCACUGCCGAGGAUCAUUCAGACCCGUACCCCUCCAGUCUCUCACAAUCAUGGUACCCGACGCAACAGGGUAACCCUACACCGAGGAGCUACAGGACCAGCAACACCAUCUUCAGUUCCACUACCGACCACCAUCAUCCCAGCGACCCGGAAAGCAAUGAGGAAGGUGAUGAUAGGAUUUGUGUGUGGGUGUGAAAGAUAUGAAAUGAGAUGUGGUGGAAUGCAACAGUGGUAA